AUGAUUCAGUCGCUUGCCUGUCACUUGUCCCAUGCCCUGCCACAGUACAAGCAAGCUCUUGUGGCACAACUAUCAAGAAAUCUGGGCACAGAUCUCAACAACAUGGGUGUAGAGGAGUUGUUUGCGUUGCUUUUCAAGGAACCUCUUAGUGCUGUAGGUGACCCAGGAAGAAACAUGCGCAUGGUUAUAGAUGGCUUGGAUGAAAGCGAAUAUCAAGGACGAAAUGAGCUUCUUGAUGUGAUUGCAAAUCAGUUUUGCAAGCUUCCUAUUUGGAUUCGUUUUCUCGUCACGGCACGUCCAGCCUUAAGCAUUGCAGAGAAACUAAAACAUUUGAAGCCACUUAAACUGAAGUCUAAUGAUGCAGAGAAUAUAGAAGAUGUCAGAGUAUUUUGCCUAAAAAAACUUCAACGCGUGGUCAAGCUAGAAAAUGUGGGCGAGUUCAUAGAAAAGCUAGUGUUGAAAUCUGAAGGACUGAUGCUGUACGCUCAUUUUCUCAUAUUGGCGAUUACGGAAAAUCCAUCAAUUUUCCACGAGGGAGGCCUUGUCGGCAGUUCACCCUCAGGAAUUUCUGCCGUGUAUCAUUCCUAUUUCAAACGUUUGGAACAUGAACUCAUAAAGGAACUUAACGUAAGGGAAGAACAUUUGAUGAAUCUGUUAUCUGCCAUUACCGCUUCAAGGGAGCCCCUGCCAGUGGCGUUUGUUUCUAAAUUAUUAGUACCAGGUACCGAUUCACUACUAACAAAACGUAAAGUACUGAGAGCCUUGAACAGUGUGUCUGCACUUCUGCCCAUCCGUGACGAUUGUGUUCACGUCAUUCACAAGUCAGUUAAAGACUGGUUAACAGACAUUUCAUGUUAUGGGGAGCACGAAUUCAUCAUGGAUGAAAACGACGGUCAUCGCUUACUUGCGUACCUGUGUACUAAAGAACUUGAAAAUGUGAAGCUUAAAGGUGUCGAUAACCUUCAGUUUAGCGCCACUGAGAGGUACGCUUUGUAUCAUGAUGUACAGCACAUGCUACAGGAAGGGGUCAAGAGAGAGCCACAUAAACUGGACGAACUGACAAAAGCCCACAUUAUUGAUUUAGAAGUAGUGUAUGCCAAGACUGGCGUUAACAGCACAAUAGCGGCUGAGGACCUUUUGUGGCUUAAAAAGCAGGGGAUUUUUCCGUUGUUAUCAAAAGAUAACCAAAGUAUUGUGGACACCUUGUUGUUUGUAUUGAGGAAGAACCUCCGUUUACUUACAGAUACCCCUUGCAGGUUUCUUGAAACCAUACUUAACCAAGGAGGAAAAGUGUUGACUGUUGAGGCGUCAAAUCUUUUGCGAAAUAAGUAUCCUGAAAUACCAUAUAUGGAGGUUGUUCAUAAGGAGACGCAGCAGGGAGGUGUUGUAGCCCAAUUUCAAUGUUCAUCUGAAGUGAUCUGUUCGGACGUCUCUCCACAGUUGGAUUAUAUGGUGUGUGAAUGUAGCGACGGAAUGCUGCAGCUGUGGUCACUCCAUACUGGAAAGCUAAUGUGGACACGUCCAGUCGUAGUAGAGAAGAGGAUCAAGAGGAGCUGUACUGGCAAAGGGUAUAGAAAUUUACCUUUAGGAGACACGUUGUCAUUAUUCCGCUCUGUUGUUUUCCACCCUACAAAGGAAUGUAUUUUACCUGGGAUCAUAAGUCAGGCCUAUAUUUUUGAAUCUGUUAAUGACUGUGGGUUUUUAUUUGGCGAACUUAUUGACACAAAAGAUCCUCAGUUUCUAUGGACGUUUGGUCUUGACAAGCAACGUCUGCUACGUCCCUUUGUGGGUGAAAUAGAACUGGUGGAUACCAAAUACGCAAACAGAAACGAUCAAGGCGUAGCUACUGAAGCUGAGGGGAUAGCACUCAGUUUGGAUGGCCAGACCGUUUCUGUUGCUAGUGGCCCAUCAGUUACUGCUUAUGACGUGUCUAGUGGGAAGCUUAAAGCUGAGAUAAACUGCAGAUGGAUAACCAUAAUGCGCCAUCCUUUGUGUCCUGUUAGUAUACUGUACCGUCCUUUGUGUCCUGUUAGAGGUGGAGCCCUAAUCUUAACGAAUGCAAGCACUGUUGAGUUGUGGAGUGGUAACCUCGAUAAACGAAUCAAAAGGUGGAUCAACUUGCCUGGGGUCAAAAAACUGAUCCCUAUAUCAGAGGAACGAGUAGCAGUCGUAGGAGAGGUUGAUGUGAAAGUCCUAGAUACAAUCAGUGGAAAAGUUGUGUCAACAAUCCCACUUUUACAAGGAGAAGUUCUUACUUGCAACAGUAAAUGUCAGCUGUUCAUUCAAAGGACUCUUGAGGCAACUCAGUUUCUUCGUCCUUGUUCUUACUCUCUUCAGCUUUUGGAUGGCAAAACAGUUGUUUGGGGAAAGGAAGGCAUUAACAGGUACCCUUAUGACAAGGGUGAGGCUUUCUCACCUAUGGAACAGUUCCUUGUUGUUGGCACGACUGACGGCACCUUAGUCUUAGAUGCCGAAACAGGAAACACGCUCCGUACUUUACGUCCUUUUACAUUUACCCACUAUUGGCAUUGUACGUUUAUCAGUGACGACACAUGCGUUAUUUCUGGAUUUUGUUUAACUGUUCAGCUGUUUAACGUCAAAUCUGGUGAACUUUUAACCGAAAUUGAAGUGGAAGGUCACGUGACCUGUUUUGCGGCCUGUCCCUUUAAUCUUGUUCUCGCCAUCGGCCUGUGGAACUCCACACCUAAUUUCAAAGUUAUCAGGGUGCAUUUGCCGCGGGGCGAAGGCCGUGGAAACAUGAAAAGGUAAACUGACAGUAUUUGAGUGAGAAUUUUUUUUUUUUUGCUUGAAGGCUUACCCUAAAUGUUACUAAUUUAUCUCCUUUUUUGUCCAUACCUUUACGGUGGAUUCAUUUGCAACGUACGCGUAUAACCAGGCUAUUUGCUCGUGACAAGUUUUUUUUUUUUUUUUUAACGGGCAAAUGCGUCGGUUAUACGCAUAUGCUGUAAACGAAUUUGCCCUCUGAAUGAUGUCCAACGCAGAUGUAACGAUACCUUAUUUCUUAAUUUUUUAGCGGUCCUUCUGGAGCCACAUUGUACAAAGAGGAGAGAUUAGAUCCACCAGAGCAAGUAUGUUUCUGCGUAGGUUAUCGUAUAAACUAUGUAGAAACAUUUAAAUAUGGAUAUUAAUGUUUAAUAGAUUCAAAUCGCACUAAGAACAAAUAUGUUUCUUUUUAGCUAUGGGGACGUCUGGUUAAAUAUUCAACUUUUUAAUUGACUUUAAAGUAUGUCAUGAAUCAAUAAAUACUCUACAACUAUCUCCUGAAGGGGAGGCGAAUAGUGGUGGAAAAAUAUACCGAGACGCGAAGUGUUGAGGUAUAUAUCUAGCGCUGGUCAGCGACCCUGAGGAGGAUAGUUGUUUUAGUAUUUACCAAAUCGGUUGGAUAAAAAAUGAAAAAAAGUACCUUUUUGUAAAUUAAAAAUGUCACUGAAUAGGUUUUUUUUUACAAUUUACAAACAUUCUGGUAAAUUUUUGUCAAGUGCAUUUUUCGAUUUUGUUGCAAGUUCAGCAUGAAAAUAAUUUUCUACCCAUACCAGUAGACACCGAUGAGGCAAAGUUAGUCGCUUUCUUGGUAUUUGUUUGUACGACUGCUUCAUUUAUCGUUCAAAUUUCGUGUUCCGAAAUGUCUCGAAGCGAGACGCCAUCUUGGCUCCGGUCACAAAUUAGUGAAUAGCCAAGGAUAUUCCGAGUUACAGGAGCCAAUCAAAACGCGCGAAAAGUGCUAUUCACCGAUUGGGUAAGAAAGACCUCGGCUAAGAACGAAGAAGACUUUGGGAGAUCGCGCGUUAUCGAUGGCUGCCCCCUUUUUAUGGAACAGUCUUCCUCUGCCAAUAAGACAGGAAACAUCAAUCGACUCUUUUAAAGGCUCCGUUAAAAUAUAUUUAUUUAAGAAGGCUUUUAGUUAGAUUAUUUAUUUAUUUAUUUUUAAAUAUUGUAAUUUUACCGGGUAAUUUUACUGGUUUUUAAUUUAGUUAUUAAUAAUAUUGUAAUGCGCUUUUGAGUAUUUUUUACGCGUGGUCAAGCUAGAAAAUGUGGGCGAGUUCAUAGAAAAGCUAGUGUUGAAAUCUGAAGGACUGAUGCUGUACGCUCAUUUUCUCAUAUUGGCGAUUACGGAAAAUCCAUCAAUUUUCCACGAGGGAGGCCUUGUCGGCAGUUCACCCUCAGGAAUUUCUGCCGUGUAUCAUUCCUAUUUCAAACGUUUGGAACAUGAACUCAUAAAGGAACUUAACGUAAGGGAAGAACAUUUGAUGAAUCUGUUAUCUGCCAUUACCGCUUCAAGGGAGCCCCUGCCAGUGGCGUUUGUUUCUAAAUUAUUAGUACCAGGUACCGAUUCACUACUAACAAAACGUAAAGUACUGAGAGCCUUGAACAGUGUGUCUGCACUUCUGCCCAUCCGUGACGAUUGUGUUCACGUCAUUCACAAGUCAGUUAAAGACUGGUUAACAGACAUUUCAUGUUAUGGGGAGCACGAAUUCAUCAUGGAUGAAAACGACGGUCAUCGCUUACUUGCGUACCUGUGUACUAAAGAACUUGAAAAUGUGAAGCUUAAAGGUGUCGAUAACCUUCAGUUUAGCGCCACUGAGAGGUACGCUUUGUAUCAUGAUGUACAGCACAUGCUACAGGAAGGGGUCAAGAGAGAGCCACAUAAACUGGACGAACUGACAAAAGCCCACAUUAUUGAUUUAGAAGUAGUGUAUGCCAAGACUGGCGUUAACAGCACAAUAGCGGCUGAGGACCUUUUGUGGCUUAAAAAGCAGGGGAUUUUUCCGUUGUUAUCAAAAGAUAACCAAAGUAUUGUGGACACCUUGUUGUUUGUAUUGAGGAAGAACCUCCGUUUACUUACAGAUACCCCUUGCAGGUUUCUUGAAACCAUACUUAACCAAGGAGGAAAAGUGUUGACUGUUGAGGCGUCAAAUCUUUUGCGAAAUAAGUAUCCUGAAAUACCAUAUAUGGAGGUUGUUCAUAAGGAGACGCAGCAGGGAGGUGUUGUAGCCCAAUUUCAAUGUUCAUCUGAAGUGAUCUGUUCGGACGUCUCUCCACAGUUGGAU